UGAGCAUGCUCUGAACGAGUUUUCAAACGAAUUUUGACGGCUUCGAGGAAAACUAUUUCUGUAGGAUAUUUUGGGUUAUGAUUACAAAAUGAGUCUUGCUGAAAUCUGUGAAAAUGCAAAAAUGGCACGCGAGUAUGCUCUCCUUGGCAACUACGACACAUCACUAGUGUAUUACCAGGGAGUUAUACAACAAAUACAGAAGCACAUCCAGCAGUUGAAAGAUGAUGCCAUCAUGAAACAGGAAUGGCACCAGGUACGUCAGUCGAUUGUCAAAGAGUAUGACCAAGUCAAAGAAAUCAAUCAAACCCUUGCAAAUUUCAAGAAGGAUACAGUACACUUUGGAGGGCCUCGGCGUUCACAUGAAGAGGAACCUACAAGGGACCCAGACGUGUGGCCACCACCCACUCCAGUUGAGAGAGACAACAGGUAUAUGUUCUACUACUGUUAAACAUAGAAAUGCCAUAAAAUCAUGAUUAUUUAAUUUUACUUAUAG